AUGUCUAACCUCCUGAAGCCCCAUCCGCUACGUGCAAAGUUUGUCAAGCUGAUGCAGCCCUCAUAUUUAGAUCGUUUCAACCCGCUCAUCAACCACAGUCGAAUUCAUUCUUUGCUUUUGCAUUCCGAUGGGAGUAGUCUCGGCCAAACCCACUCGACCAAUCCCAACAUGUUUCUUCAAGGCAACGCUGGUGGGGUUGGCAAUAACCCCACGGAACGUGGUCAGGGCCGAGAUGCGGAAGAUGAAGUCAUGGAUACUUCCUCUGCAACUCAUCUCAUCCAAGGCAGGGGCGGAGGGGCCACCACCGCCGUCGUUGGGGAAGUCCCCCAAGAACUAAUCGCGCGAUUGAGUUUGGAUGACGAUUCCGCUGCUCUUGUCAAUCAACUCAGAAUGGUUCCGGCUCACGAGCAAUGGAUAGUGUCCAUUGCACUCCUGGUUGCAAACCUAACCCGAGCGCAACUAAUCCGAGCUGAGUUGCCAAGCCCACGUGAGAUCGCCGCUGCUGGCACUGCCGAACCGGGAAAUGGGCCCUUCAAUUAUACUCAAACUAUACGUACCUUUCUUCGGCGCAAGAUACGUGACCUUCUAACUGUUGGCAAUGUUGAAGCCUAUUCCCGCACCCACACCACGGGCGGCUUACCUAUUGCAUCCACGCCCUUGCUUUUAUUGACGCAACAUCUUGCCGCCCAAUCUGAUGAGUUCAAAGAAGAUUAUCUCCCAGCUGGGUGGCCCGACGAUGAAGCGGCCAACCACAGUGUAUUAGGAUUGCUCAGGUCCCUGGUGAAGCAUGAGCGUGGCAGUCUGCGCAAUCUUCUGUUGACUAAUGUCAAAGAGUUCAAUUGUCGGGCCAUCGAAGGCCCCGUUCCCAAACUGGGUGAUUUGAUACUCGUGAUUGACCGAAUCAUGGGAUCACGAGAUAGCCUUAGCCCUGCUCAGGAGAUUCGGGAUGCGUACACUGCCACUAUGAAGGUCAGAUUGGCCUUCAUCCGGCUUGAGGUCCUUCAUCACUAUCUCAACCCCGACCCGGCCACCAACUUGAGUCAGUGGGAUAUAAUUGAUCGCAAACUAGAGUUCCUUCGAAGGCAGAUUCUUCAUUACAAACAAGCAUACGCCCGCCUUAUCAUCAAGAUUGACCGAGAGCUUUUUGGUCCCCAUGAGUUUGCCGACAUUCCAAAGGAAGCCAUUUCUCUGCCCUCAGACGACCAAGUUCAAGCAGAAAUGGCGGCCGCCAGCGCCAUGGCCCUCGACCACGCGGCAGGCGACCAGCCAACCUUCGAUUCAAACGUAGUUGUGUAA